AUGGGCGGGAGCCCUCGCCCCAGAGGCCACCUGCACGGUGACCUCAGCAGCCCAGGUGUCCCAGGCCCUCCACAGCCUCACCGGGACAGCGGCGCCAAGGGAAAUGGCAGGGCCGAGGGACCAAGGGCAAGCGGGCACCUGCAAGCCAGGACCGCGUUGGUUGCGACUGUGACCUCAGGACGGGACCGGUCCACAGCCACACCGUUGACCCAGAUGGAAGACAGACGGGAGCACAGCCUCCAGGCAGCCCCAGUGGCACAGGGACAGCGUCCAGAUGGGAAAACCAAAAGUUCAGAAAAUCAAGAGAUUGUCAGACCAGAGGUGAGCGAGCCCGGAGGAGAAGGCAUGUUCCUCAGACCCGUAGACCCCCGUGGUCCUCCCGCCAGGUUGCAACCUCCACCGCGGCCUCCACCAGACUUCAUCCCCAUUGCAGCGCCGCCACCCCAGCCACUCCCGUCCCCUGGGAAGAGGCCAGUCCCCACGGAGCCAGUCCGCCCUGGUCAUGGGGGUGGACCUGGGCCGGGCAGCAGAGGUCUCCUUGCAACCAGCCCUGUGAGCACCAUGUGUCACCAACAAGACAACCUCCUGCUUGAGCUUUUGAUCCACAGCUUACUCCGUGCUUAUGAGGUGCCACAAGCUGGGCCCUUGUUGGCCACGAGGUACCCAGUCGUUGCCCAGUGUCUUAGAGACAAUCCCACACACGCGGAGAGCGAAGAGCAUCCGCAGGUGCGCGGUGCCAUCCACGAGCGCCGCAGGUCAAAGCCGCCGGGCGUCCGGGGCGUCCUCUGGCCGCGGGUGGCACCACCCCCACCGCUGGACACCUGCCCGCGGGGGUGUGCUCUGUCUUCAGGUGACGACUAA